AUGGAUUUUGCAGUUUCUAAAUUUGAGUUUUACGAUAUACUUCAAACUGAAUAUGGCUUUGAUGAUAUCAUAUCUGUUAAUACUUUGCCAGGUGGCUAUAUUGAAGAGGAAACCUGGUUAGUUUGUCUCAAAUUGAAUAGAAAAUAUGUGGUAAAAAUAAUUGAUUAUCGAUUUAAUAUUGAUCAUCUGAAAACUAUUCUCAACUUUCAAAAUUAUCUUUAUUCGAAUCUAAAUUAUCCGUGUUCAUUGAUUGUUUCGACAUUGAGCUCAAAACUUGUUGUUCAAAUCGACAAUGAUCAUUAUCUUUUCAUACAAACAUUUCUCGAUGGUCAUGUACCAUCUUUGAUCGAGCUUGACGAAUCCUAUUUAAUGAAAAUGGGCACUUUACUUGGACAAUGGCGUCUAGCAUCACGAACUUUUAUGUCCAUAAUACCUUCUACAAAUAUAGAGAAACGAGAAUUAACAGAUCAGUGGUGGAUAGAACAGUUUGAUCGUCUUUCUCUAUGUAAACAUCUCGAGAAAAUCGAUAUCGACUAUCUUCGUUUGAUACUAUUUGAAUGUCGAGAGAGAUUGAACGGAAAAAUCGAUCAAUUAGAACAAGGUCUAAUUCAUAAUGAUUUUCAACCGAGUAAUACACUUUGUACUAAUGAUGAUCGUCAAGUCUACGUAAUUGAUUUUGGUGAAGCUUGCUAUGCUCCUUUGAUUGUUGACUUGGCUACAGCUCUCUUUCUAUUGCUUACUAAUGGUAUUGACGAUGAUAAAAGAUUGAAUAUAUUUCUUGUAUCAUAUCAAAAUCUAAUUCGAUUAGAUCGACAUGAAAUUGAACUUCUCGAUAUUGUUGUUCGUCUCAAAUUGACUACCAAUUUCAUUGGUGAUUGUGCUAAUGUUAAAUCAAAAGAAGAAUACGAUCAUUCAUCAUGGCUUCAAUCAUGUUCAAAAUGGAUUGAUAUUCUUCAUCAAGAGAAACGCAAUCUAUUUCAAACAAUGCUGUGUAAUAAAUGA